GAGGUUGUGAAAUUUGGUUCCCUAAAAGCGUUUUUCAUGUGAUCGCGCGACACCGGUUAUGGGAAGUGAUGUACAUUGUUUCCGUCUAGUGGACGCUAGUUUUGUGGGGUAGCUGAAUUCUUUCUUGUGAGAGAGUUUGAUGUUUAACCACUCAUUAAGAUAACGGUUGAAAGACAGUACGUUUAGUUCUAGCCAGCUGCUCUUCCCAAUUAAGGGAGGCAACCAAGUAGAAUGUCGGCCAGUGCAGUUUACGUAUUGGACCUUAAAGGGAAGGUCUUAAUAUGCAGAAAUUACCGUGGAGAUGUCGACAUGUCUGAAAUAGAGCACUUCAUGCCUAUUUUGAUGGAAAAAGAAGAGGAGGGAGCAUUAUCACCCAUACUUGGACAUGGGGGAGUUCGUUUUAUGUGGAUUAAACAUAAUAAUCUGUAUCUUGUUGCAACUUCCAAGAAGAAUGCAUGCGUUUCUUUGGUAUUUUCUUUCUUGUAUAAAGUUGUACAGGUGUUUUCAGAAUAUUUCAAGGAACUGGAAGAAGAAAGCAUCAGAGAUAAUUUUGUCAUCAUAUAUGAGCUUUUAGAUGAAUUGAUGGACUUUGGCUAUCCACAGACCACUGACAGUAAAAUUCUUCAAGAGUACAUUACACAAGAAGGACACAAGCUUGACACAGGAGCACCUCGCCCGCCACCAACAGUUACAAAUGCCGUGUCAUGGAGAUCAGAAGGAAUAAAGUACAGAAAGAAUGAAGUAUUCCUAGAUGUCAUAGAGUCUGUCAACCUCUUGGUUAGUGCUAAUGGAAAUGUGUUGAGAAGUGAAAUAGUUGGAUCUAUUAAAAUGAGAGUCUUUCUGUCAGGAAUGCCUGAACUACGACUUGGAUUGAAUGACAAAGUUCUUUUUGACAAUACAGGACGAGGAAAGAGCAAAUCAGUAGAGCUUGAAGAUGUAAAAUUUCAUCAGUGUGUACGUCUGUCUCGCUUUGAAAAUGACCGAACAAUUUCAUUUAUUCCUCCUGAUGGAGAGUUUGAGCUGAUGUCUUACCGCUUGAAUACACAUGUGAAACCUUUAAUCUGGAUUGAAUCUGUGAUUGAGAAGCAUUCCCACAGCCGCAUUGAGUACAUGAUUAAGGGUGGCAAAGAAUACCUAAUGAGAGCACACUUUGGUCUUCCAAGUGUUGAGGCUGAAGAUAAAGAAGGAAAACCCCCCAUUAGUGUGAAAUUUGAAAUUCCGUAUUUCACUACUUCGGGAAUUCAGGUUCGCUACUUGAAAAUCAUUGAAAAAAGUGGCUAUCAGGCAUUGCCAUGGGUCCGAUACAUUACCCAGAAUGGAGAUUAUCAGUUGCGGACACAGUAAGAAGGAAUGAGCACUUUUACUACCAUGUCAUCCAGUGAAUAGUGAUUUGAAAAUAGCUGCCACAUUUGAAGUCUGUGAAAGUUUGCAUUGGUCUUCAGAUGUAAUUGGCCUGUACAGACUAAAAUAUUUUGCAGCAAACAGUGUUGAGCAGCAAUUUUUAGUAAUGAAGAACACCGACAUUUUCGGUACUACUUGCAUCCCUUUAUGAAGGAAAGACAGAAUGUGAAUUCUUUUCUCUGUGGACUGUAUCACAAAGCAGGUGUAGCCAGUGUCCUGCGUUAUACCAGACCAUAGUGGUAUUAAAUGAAACGUGCACCUGAAACUUAUGUACAUAGGUUAACAAAGUAAUUUCCUGUUAACAGUAAAUAAACUAUCAACAUGAGAAACUUAA